GAACAGGAGCUGCUAACAGGGAGUUUUGCAAGGGAGUUCUCCAGGUGAAGGAGGAGCACAUACAGCAUCUGUGGGGUAGGGGUCCAGGCAGAGACAGAUGCAUCGUGGAGGUGAAUGCCUGGCUGCGAAGAUGGUGUCGCCAGGAGGGCUUUGGCUUCCUCGACCACGGGAUGCUAUUUGAGGAAGGACUGCUAGGAACAGAUGGCGUUCACCUUUCGAAGAGGGGAAAGGCCUUAUUUGCGCACAGACUGGCUAACCUAGUAAGGAGGGCUUUAAACUAGGUUCGACAGGGACAGGUGAGCAAAGCCCACAGGUAAGUGGGGAACAAGACCUGGGAGAUGGGUUGGAAACAGGAGGGAGCACGAGCUAUAAUGGCAGAGAGGAAGGAGGGUCAGGGCAAAGCUGGGAGGCAAGAUCAAACCAGUAUCUUAGAUGCCUUUAUACAAAUGCAAGAAGUAUGGGUAAUAAGCAGGAAGAACUGGAAGUGCUAAUAAAUAAAUACAACUAUGACAUUAUUGGCAUUACUGAAACUUGGUGGGAUAAUACACACGACUGGAAUGUUGGUGUGGAUGGGUAUAGUUUGCUCAGGAAGGAUAGACAGGGGGAAAAGGGAGGAGGUGCUGCCUUAUAUAUUAAAAAUGUACACACUUGGACUGAGGUGGAGAUGGACAUAGGAGACGGAAGGGUGGAGAGUCUCUGGGUUAGGCUAAAAGGGGUAAAAAACACAGGUGAUGUCGUGCUGGGAGUCUACUACAGGCCACCUAAUCAGGCGGAAGAGGUGGAUGAGGCUUUUUUCAAACAGCUAAAAAAAUCAUCCAAAGCCCAAGAUUUGGUGGUGAUGGGGGACUUCAACUAUCCAGAUAUAUGUUGGGAAAAUAACACCGCGGGGCACAGACUCUCCAAUAAGUUCCUGGACUGCAUUGCAGACAACUUUUUAUUUCAGAAAGUUGAAAAAGCUACUAGGGGGGAAGCUGUUCUAGACUUGAUUUUAACAAAUAAGGAGGAACUUGUUGAGAAUUUGAAAGUAGAAGGAAGCUUGGGUGAAAGUGAUCAUGAAAUCAUAGAAUUUGCAAUUCUAAGGAAGGGUAGAAGGGAGUACAGCAGAAUAGAGACAAUGGAUUUCAGGAAGGCGGAUUUUGGUAAGCUCAGAGAGCUGAUAGGCAAGGUCCCAUGGGAAUUAAGACUGAGGGGUUAAACAACUGAGGA